AGUAUUCCUGGGACAGAGAGAGGGCAGCCAUUUUGGAUCUGGUGUUGUGAUUUGCUGUGUGGAUUUUCAACAAAAUUCAUGACAGUUUAAACCUUGACAACAUGAUUAAACAAAGCGAUCUACACGUAGAAGAAUUGGAUGGCCACAACUGUUUGGGAAGAACGAUGAGUUUGGGUGUAAAAGGGGCCAUUGUUGGUGCACUAUAUGGGUCUGCAGCAGCUGCCCUCACUCCACCCAAACCAGCGCCAACACCUCUCAUUCUUCAGGCACUGACCAUAGUCAAGAACAGUACCCUUCUUGUUGGGGGGGCUGCAUCCCUGUUUGCUGGUACAACUUGUGCAAUGGCCGCCAUUCGUGGGAAAGAUGACUACAAGAACUGGGCUGCUGGUGGUGCAGCAAGCGGGGCAUUGAUAGGAAUUAGCCGGAAAAGCUGGGCCCUUGGUUCUGGGGCUGCUGUUGCUCUUGCAGCAGCUGCUGCCGCGGCUAAAUACACAGGGGCCUACAAACACCCCUUCCGCGAAGACAGAAUCUAUGUUUGAGAACUUUCUAAGCUUGUGUAAAUUUGAUAAUAAUAUGGAGCUCCAGAAUUUGUCAUAUUGUGUUUAUUGAGUAAACUGUAAAAAGUCAUACCACUCCUA